AUGGAUUAUCUGAUUAGUCGGAUGUUGCAUACACUGGGGCUGUCAUCUUCUGCGUUCGCUUUAUCAUUACUUUUGUUAUCAUCAUCAUCAUCAUCAUCAUCGCCAUCAUCGCCAUCACCACCACCAUUAUUCACGACUCACAACAAUAGCGGAAACAGCGCGAAAACAACAACAACAACGGGGACAUGUCGUGGAACAAGGCGGGGGAUGCGGAGCCGAGACGAGGUGAAAGGCGGAGUCGCCGACGUCGGGGCUGCUAUGGUUGCUGCCGCUGCCCGAUAUGUGGUCGUGGUGGCUGGUGCCCUCCAGAAGCAGAUGCGGUGCUGCUGCUUUAUGACAGCCGUGGUCGACAAUCAACUGCACAAAUUUGGUACGCCACUUAUUACGGUAACUUGCCACCAUGGCCACUGCUUUGAGGGGGGCAACCAAGGGAGGAAUUGA